AAUGGUCAAGGAUAAGGCAGGCGUCCAGCAGUUGCGCGAAACACACCACUCUUGAACAUGAUUGCUGUUAAUAAUUACAGUCGUGAUAAGCAGCAGAGGUGGCAUUUAUUGAUGGCAAAGUCGUCUGAGUGCCCAGUUGUUCUCCAGGAGCCGGAGGAGGAGGAAGACAGAGUGGACAGUUUGGAUUUGAGACAGAUUAGGACGCUGUCAGAACCACAUAGAGACGAAGCAGCAGUCCUCCAGGCAGCAGAGGCGAGAUGAUGCGACCGGGAGCUCAGCAAUAUGUGGUGGCCAGGCCGCUGUACUCGGAGGAGUCCUUCGCCGAGGAGCACGAGAAGGUCUACAGGCAUCGCAAGACCAUGCUGGAUCACGUCAAGCAGUACUUCACAUGUGAUGCCAAGCGAGCCAAGAACGCAGCGCUCUCCCUUCUGCCGGUCAUCGGCUGGAUGAGAAUCUACAGAAUCAAAGAGUGGCUGCUCAGUGACAUCGUGUCCGGUGUCAGCACUGGACUGGUUGCUGUCCUUCAAGGUCUGGCCUACUGUCUGCUGGCCUCUCUGCCACCCUGGUACGGACUCUUCUCCGCCUUCUUCCCCGUCAUCAUUUACUUUUUCCUGGGCACCUCUCGGCACAUCUCAGUGGGUCCGUUCCCAGUCUUGUGUCUGAUGAUCGGCUCGGUGGUCACCAGGCUGGUCCCAGACGAAGGUCCGGCAGCCAACAUCACAGGCUUUGAAGGCCUCACUAGAGACGAACAGAGAGUGUUGGUGGCUUCUUCCGUGACCUUCCUCGCUGGUAUCAUGCAGCUGACGAUGGGGGUCCUGCAGGUUGGCUUCGUUGUCAUGUACCUGUCUGACACUCUGGUGUCCGGCUUCACCACCGCAGCUGCCGUCCACAUCCUGGUGUCCCAGCUCAAGUUUGUGUUGGGGCUCGUAGUCCCAGGCAUCAGCGGUCCACUGGCUCUCAUAUAUACCCUGGAGAUCAUCUUCAACAAAAUAACCUCCAGCAAUGUGUGUGACAUUGUGAUCUCCCUGGUGAUCAUGGUGGUGGUGUUCAUCGUGAAGGAGCUGAACGACAGAUUCAAAUCCAAGCUGCCAGUGCCAAUCCCCAUAGAGGUUAUCAUGACCGUGAUUGUAUGUGGCGUUUCAUACGCAUUUGACUUCAGGACGAAAUAUGGCAUUGACGUCGUUGGCCAUAUUCCGAAAGGGUACGAGCCCCCGGUGGCCCCAAACCUGCACAUCUUCCAGGAGACAGCAGUGGAGGCGUUUCCCAUGGCCAUCGUGGGCUUCGCCGUUGCCUUCUCCGUGGCAAAAGUCUACUCUGUAAAACACGAUUACACCAUCGACGGAAACCAGGAGCUGAUAGCUUUUGGGGUCAGCAACAUCUUUGGUGCUUCCUUCAAGUCCUUCGCUGCGAGUACAGCUCUCUCUAGGAGUGCAGUGCAGGAGAGCACAGGGGGCAAGACUCAGGUAGCUGGGUUACUGUCAGCUAUCAUGGUGAUGAUCGUCACAUUGGCCAUUGGAUUCCUACUAGAUCCACUCCCGAAGUCUGUGCUGGGUGCCGUGGUCAUCGUCAACCUGAAGGGCAUGCUUAUGCAGUUCAGAGAAAUCCCAUACCUGUGGAAGAAGGACAAACCUGACUGUGUGGUGUGGUUGGGUACCUGCAUUGCAUCCAUCUUGCUGGGGCUGGAUCUUGGAUUGGCUGUAGGCCUCGGUGUGGAGCUGAUCAGUGUUGUCCUCAGGGUUCAGUUCCCUCGCUGCAGUGUGCUGGCCAAUAUCAAAGGAACCGAGAUCUACAAAGACAGAAAGGACUACAGUGAUAUAUAUGAGCCGGAGGGAGUGAAGAUUUUCAGGAUACCAUCUCCAAUCUUCUUUGCCAACAUUGAGUUCUUCAGGAGCAAGCUGGUGGAGGCUGUUGGAUUUAACCCAUUGAGAGUGUUGAGGAAGAGGAAUAAAGCACUGAGGAUGAUCCGGAAACUGCUAAAGAAGGGAGACCUGCAGUGGACUUCAAAAGGCUUCCUGAACACAUCAUUUCAACCCAUCAAGGAGUCAGAGGAUGAGAGCAACAUGGAGGAGCUGGACCAGCCCACUGACUUCAAAGACCUUCCCGUCCGGAUUGACUGGAACGGCGAGCUCCCUGCCAACAUCGUUGUCCCCAGAGUGGACCUCCACAGCCUGGUCCUGGACUUCGCUGCUGUCUCCUUCCUGGACAUCUCCGCUCUGAAGGGGCUCAAAAUGGCACUGACAGAGCUGAUCCGGGUUGAAGUUGAGGUCUACAUUGUGGCUUGUGAUCCUUACAUCCUGGAGAAGCUGCACGACUGCUCCUUCUUUGACGACGAAGUUCGGCCGUCGAUGUUCUUCCUGACGCUGCAUGACGCCAUGCUGCACAUCCUCGAGAAACAUCCAGAGUCUAUGGAGAAGAAAUUUGACAAUGGGAAGAUUAUAACAACAGUCACAGUGCACCACCCUGGAGGCAAUUUGAGGAGCAGGGACAGAAAUGCAGAAACCAGGUUCUAACUUGAUGAUGAUUUCUCAGAGGAAAAACACCAAAAAAAAGACCAAAGAGA